AUGCUCGAGAAGCCUCUCGUAAUCCGUCAAUACCAUUACCCGACAUUGGGAACCAUCAUAGCUGCUAAAGCAGAGGACUUCGGAAAAGCCUCUGGCAACCCGACGCACUUUGGCCGCGUAGACGACACUAGAUCCUACUUUCACAUAUCAUUAAAUAUGCUUAAAGAAUCAUGGACCCCAGUUUCCCCUGGUUCAACUAAUGACAACGAUGUUCUUAAGACCAUUUCUACUACAAACAAGCUUCAACUGACCUUUCGCUUCGGAUUUUCUAAGGCAGCAUUCAUAUCCACUCAAAUACAGGCUUGUGAAGCAACAUUGUCUCAAAAACUAGCUAUACUCGGUAGGAGAGUAAGACACUCCAGCAAGCUUGUGCUGACAAACCAAAGACCCUAUCACUACCGCCGUCUAGCUAAUGUACUCCUAGUGAUGCUGAAUGGCUUCGAGACUUCUGUCGACAAUUAG